ACUAGUUUUUCAAAAACAUUUAUCCAGUAUAGUAGUUUGUAAAAGUGUGUUUAAAAAUGCAAAAUGUGAUAAUGAAAAGACAAAUUCUUUAACAAGUCCUCUGGCCUUAAGCUGUAGCUUCACAAAGAUGUCUCCAUUUCAAAGAUAAGAGAAGUUACCAAUUGGGCUUCAUGGUAAUAGCUGGCAGAGGGAAGAAAGAAAGGGGAAGAGAAGCUUUCCCCUUCUCAAGGAUGGUCCUUGAAGAGUUAACUUGCCCAAAGCAGUCAAAGAAAAAGCUGCUUUUAUUUGAACUUCUGCUGACUGUGAACUUCAAAGUUCUGAAACUACCUGAACUUGGGACUCAGGAGAUUAAUUGAUUACAGUGAAAGCUGUGCCCUCAGAACUUGGCUGCAGCCAAAUAAAACUGUUUUCUUCUAUUUUUGGUGCCUUGCCUCAUCUGUCCCCUACAACAAUAUAAGCAUGCUUGUAUGUAUAGCAGCUAUUGGACCCCAUAGUCUAGAUUGUGCAUUCACUGAAAACUCUAUGACUCUAGGUCUCCAUGGUUAUGUGAUUAUGUGUUUGUUUUCCUCAGUUCUAAAUUCUAUCUGUGCUGACUUAUAACAGGUGGAAAACUACUUUCUUUCAUUUCCAUAGUGCUUAGCUAUGGGGAACUUGAAUUGUUGCGGAAAAGCAUCUGUUAAACACUACGUUCCAGGCGAAGUGCUUAAUGCUGAAGAUGCCCAAGGGCAACAAGAUGAUGUUCCUGCGGCUGACGCAGUGAAUGACUUCCCAGUGGAUGAGCAUCCCAAGAGGAAAGCGACUGCAUAUAUUCGAGCAGCCUCAAAAAAGUGGAGAAAUGUACGUUCUGCAGUGAAGCGCUUGAGGAAGAAUUGCAUCCAGCCUGAGGCAGACAUGGCUAUUUCUCCCCAGGAUAUGGAACAAGAAUUUGACUCAGCUGAAGAUAUUCAGGAGGAGAUAGAGCAAGAGUUAUCUUCAAGGGAGGAAGACAAGGAAUCAUACCUUACUGAGGAGUUCUCGAAACAACUUGAUGACAAUUUCCCUGAAGACGACCUGGAUGAUAUGCCUUCACUGCAAAGCAUUUCUCCUAUUACCAACAAAGUUGCCUCUGCCGAGGAAUGGGAGAUUGAAAGCAUUAGCAGUGACUGGGAGGACUAUGGUGCAGGACCAUCAUCACUGGCCCGUUGACCAGUAUCACCAGUCUCCCAGUCAUCUUGCUCCAGAGCCCCACGCCUCAGCCCGAGCACCCUCAGUCAUGUCCGGGAACGGGCACUAGAGAGACCUCUACUCGUCAGAGGGUAAGUGAAUCUUGGUUUCUUUAUGAAUUGAACCCACAAAGAAGCAGAUAUAGGCAUGAACUGGAGCCUUGGUGACAUGGGUCUAGGGAAACAGCCUGGUUUGGUGAUGCACACCUCUAAUCUCAAUGAUUCAGGCAGCUGAGGCAGGAAGAUCACAAGUUCAGUGCCACACUCAGCUAGUAAGAUCCUGUCUUACCCCCUACCCACCCCAACACACACCCAAGAAAUAAUACUGUCCUACUUUAGACAGGGGAGUGUAGGGAGGGGAAGGAGGGGGGGUAUAGGAAUGGAAGGGAUAGUACAGUGAAUCAGGUAUUAAUACCCUGUAUUCAUAUAUGAUUACAUGACUGGUGCAAUUAUACAUCAUGUACAACCAGCAGGUUGAGAAGUUAUGCUCCAUUUACAUAUGAUGUGUCAAAAUGCAUUCUACUGUCAUUUGUAACUAAUUUGAACAAAGAAAAAAAUAGUGUUCUAGAUUUGAGGGAAGGACAAUGGGGGAUAUUUAAUUCAACUUCAUAUAUUUCAGAUAUAAACUUGGGGGGUCAUUCAUGUCUGUUUUUUUUAAAGGUUGUUUUUUCCAUCAUUACAAAUGGCAGUGAAAUGUCUCUUAUUUCUUGUUCUCUUUACACUCUCCAACCAGGAUGACAUUUUCAUAACAGUCUUAGUGUGUUGACAGGGUCAAAAUUUUCCACCCUAUUUUUUAACUAUAGUGCAUUAUCUCUAGAGGUUUCCAUAUAUCUUGAAUGAAAAGUGGUAUUGGAUUAAGUCAUCUACUCAUAACUAUAAAUUUUGCCACUAAAAAUUUUGUUAGGAAUGUAGAUAUGAUUUAGGCCAAGAGGCUGUGUAGACAUUUAUGUCAAACCAGGGAGCCCUGAGGGCAGUGGGAUGGAAAGGAACAAGCAAAAAUGAUGGGGUGGCAUUUUCUCAUUUUUCCACUUCAUAAUUUUCAAAUAGAUAACUCUGUUAGCAUUGUGCUAAAACUUUUCAUAGUUUGACAUAUGAAGUUGUCAAAGGGUUGUAAAGUAAAUGCUUUCAAAGAUUUAAUGGUAUAAUUCAGUCAUAGUCUGCUGUACAAAUGCUUGUUUCCCCCCCCCCCCCUUUGCUGUACUACUACCAUAUCUCUGUUUCAGAGAAUUGAGGACUUUUUAUGGUCAUCCUGGUAAAUUUUGUUUUUAGUAUUCACCUAAGACACUGGAUAUUGUGCAGGUAAAGGUGAAAAUGUCAUUCUUCCUGGACUUCAUGAGUCUUCUAAGUUUGUAACCAGUUUUUAACCAAUUGUUUUCACACUGCAGGUCUAUCAUAAUAGGAAAAUAUACAUAUUAGCAUGUUUUCGCAUUCACUGCGCACAGAAACUAUUUCAACUUCAAAUUAAGUAACAACAACUUUCCUCAAGCUAGAUUGAGAAAAGAGCAGUCAGUUUUAUCACAACAAAAAUUGCCCUUUACCUGGCACAUAGCUCAGCAACGACAGAUGAGGAAAUAAGCAACCCCUGAGGAAAGCCCACUACACCGGUUUGUUUGGAUAAGUUAAUAUGGUAAAGUAAAAGUCUUUUUUGUUAUUUUUACUAUUUGUUGGAGUUUUAACUGUUUAUUUCAUAAAAUUCUCUUCAAGUAUGAUUUAUGACACAGUAGCAAAAUUUAAAAAUAAAAUGUACCUGAUUUGAGUAUGAAGAAUAGAAGCUCAGAAUAAAAAUAAAAUUAGAGAUAAUUUCCAUUAGAAAAAAAUAAGCAAGAAUGAAGGAUGAAUGAAAUAUGCUUUAUGGUUUCUUUUGUAGGCAAUGGGAACAAAGUCGUCCAGAAUGGAUGAACAGAGCAAAGGGGAAGACAAAGAUGGAGCGCCAUGCAAAACUCCAUUACUUUCACACUGCUCUGAUGAGGCUGAGGUCAAAGCCUGCACUAUUCUUCUUUCCCCUGCAGUACAGCCUGGGCAGGUCCAGGCAGCAGGUGAAAAUGAAGAAAAGAUAAGCCUGGAGUCCUAAGCCUGAAGGGUGGACUCCUUGGAAGAAUCAAAGAGUGAGGCAAGAAUGUCGCCUUGGCUCUUUAUUUCGGAAUCCCUAGAGGGAAUGCAAAUUGUCCUGAGGGCCAAUUACCUGAAAUAGUGUUUCAAGAGUAAAAACACUGGUAGAUAUUUUAAAUAUGGAAAGAUUGAACUUUUAAUGGUUGAACAAAACCAUGUUCUUGUGUUUUUAAAAAAGUUAAUAAAAAUGUAUAUAGUUGAAUUA